AUGUACCCAAUGAGGACGGCUACAGAAAGCAUCCCAGCACCACGAACCAGCGGAAGUCCUUUUGGCAGAUGUAUUGAGGGAGAGAAGCCCAUCAAUACAUCUACAAAGAAGGGUAAAAAAAAGCGAGAAAGAAAAAGAUAUUGA